UCAAAUUUGUUUAUGUUUAUUUAUGUAAAUAUAGUGCAUUUUUACCAAAGAUGUCUUCCGCACAAAUUUGCAGAUUAUGCCUUAUUAAACAAGAACCUACCAACUGCCAACGAAUAUACGAAGAGACAUAUAAUUCCGUAAAUAUUUUUGAUAUGAUCCAAUGCUGCCUUCCACAAAUGAGCCUGAUAAAGAGAUCAUUAGAAUCAAUAAUAUGCUUACAAUGCCUAGACAAGCUGUAUCAGUGUUACAAUUUUAUUAGUACAUGUUAUCAGAACGAUGCAGAUUUUAAAGUUAAUAAUCCACAACACAGUAUGGAUUGCAGUUCUAAUGCUGGGGAACCAGAGAAUGUGGAUAACAAAGAAGAAUUACCAUCUGUCAAUAACCUAAAAAAGGGAAACAAAUUUAAAAUCUACAGGAACAAAUUUAAAGAAGAAGAUUGCCCCGGUUGCAAGAAUCGCAUUUUAAACGCUAAAUACCAUACAAAAGUACACUCGGAUCACUUUGACUGUUUUCACUGUCGAAGACGGUUUUUUUCAUACGUAGACCUCAGGAAACAUUUGUAUAACCACACGCUACUAAACAAAUGUCAAAUAUGCGAUAAAAAGUGUAGGGAUAAGUACAGUUUAAACUUGCAUUUGCAAACCCACACCGGACAGAAACUGUUUAAAUGUCCCGUGUGUAAAAAAUCGUUCGUGCAAAGUUACAAUUUGCAUCAGCACAUGGAGGUACACGAAAAAAAUGGCAAAAACAGGUGCCACAUUUGUAAUAAAACGUUAUCGACAAAAUACAAUUUAAAGAUUCACAUGACUAUGCACAAUGGCGAGACGAAACCGAGAUGUCCCGUAUGCGACAAAUGGUUUUAUACAAAGAGCGCUCUUGAGAAGCAUAAAGUCGAUUGUGCAAAGGAAGAUGAGGGAAACGAGUUUAUUGAACUAGAUUUCGUGAAAAUUGAAGAUGUAACUUUAAUGGAUUAAGAAGAAUAUUGUGUUUAUCAAGUGCUUUAUUUAUUAAAGCCCUUACAAUUAUUUGUCUUCCUCGUAAAAUACAUACAACAGUUGGUUUUUCGACUCUACAAUAGAUUUUUUAAUCUCCAGUAUCUGUAAGGUGUUGUAAAUAAAAAAAAUUAUAUAUUUUCAUAAAAACUUUAUAUUUUUGAUACUUUUGUAUUAAAAAUAAAUGUUAAUAUCUA